AUGCUCCAAAGUAACUCUUUAAAAGAUAGACUGAAAUGCAAAAUAGAGUUUGAUUAAGAGGAAGAGAAGCCAGAAAUACCUAGUCUGAGUCUAGUAGAUGAUGUGAUAAAAUUUGAGGAUAGAUAUGAUAUUUUAUAAGUACUGGGCGAGGGAGCACAUGCCAUAGUAAAAUUGGCAAGGAGGAAAGAAACCAAUGAGUUGUAUGCAGUGAAAAUAACAAGAAUGAAUAAUGAAGAAAUAUAUAAUAAUGUGAAGAGAACAUUUUAUAAUGCUCGCUGUUUGAGACAUCAAAACAUUAUUCAGGAAAUUGAAUUAUUUAUAAAUGAAAAAUAUUGCAGGGCAUGUUUGGUUAUGGAAUAUUGUCCAUUUCCAACAUUGUAAUAAAUCCUAAUAGAGAGAGGAACUUUGAGAGAGGAUGAAACUAGAUAAAUCAUCAAGCAGCUAUUAAUCACUAUCCAAUACAUUCACAAUAAGGGAAUUAGUCAUAGAGACAUUAAACCUGAUAAUAUUUUAGUAAAUUUAGAGGGUGAUUGCGAAUUAAAAUUACUCGAUUUUGGAGUUUCAAGACGCUUUUUAUCUAAAAAUAAUCACAUCGAAAUGCUAACCAAAACAGGCCACAUCUAUUACUCUGCUCCGGAAAUUUAUCAUCAACCACACUACUCAAAAGAAAUUGAUAUUUGGAGUAUUGGAGUCGUUAUGUUUUAAUGUAUGACAGGUCAAUUGCCAUUGCAUGAAAAUACAAUGAGCGAUUAAAUUCAAUUGUUAAAAACCCCAGAAUUAUGGAAUUUUAAGAAUAAGGUCAAGGAUGAAUCCCUUAGUGCUUAAAAUCUAUUAUUUAGACUUUUAUCAGCAGAUCCAAAAAAACGGAUUACUCCAAUUGACGCAUUAACGCAUCCAUUCAUUGAAAAAAAUCACAUUUAUACAACGUUGGCUAUGUUGUCAUCAACAAAGUUAUUUGAGGACGAUGAUGGAUUUGCAAAUAAGUGCAAGUCGUUAUAGACCAGUUUAUCGAUUAAUCAGAAAUAGAAUCUGCAUCGAGCAUUAAAGACUUUGCAUCUUGGAAUAGAAUAUUAAGACAUAGUUAUAGAAGACUUAAUUUAGGAACUUGGGAAUAUUCAUGUAGUUUAAAAAAGGAAUGGAGAACAUUAUUCAGGUCUGAUUUAAUUAAUUAAUUCUCUUAGUAAUAGUUCUGGCAACAAUCAAACAGAAGUCUAGAAUAGUAGUGGACAAUGCAAUUUAGAGAUAGGCUCUUCAUAAAGCAUAUUAUCAACUGAAAAUUAUACUUAAGAUUGUUUUGGAGAUCUUUGUAAUAUGUAAUCUAGUGUCGAUCUUGGUAUUACAGGAAAUACAGGAAACAAUAUUCAAAAUGAGGAGAAGAAGAAAUAAUCAUCAAUCAACUAAUUUGCAAACGAAAUAGGUAGCAAGAUCGAAUGCAGUAUCGACAUUAAUUUGGUUGAGUAAGAAUUUGGAUCAAACAAUAAAUAAAAUCAAUUUAUUUCAAAUCUAGAUGUUUUGGGAAUAAAAGAAUGUAAAGAGGAAGUAGAAAAUACAAUAUGA